AUGUCUACUUUACAUGAUGAGCUUCUCCUAGACUCAAUUGAUAAUUACAACAUAGAGGGUGCAGCAUACAGCUCAAAUAAUGCAAAUAAUCUCCAAAAACAAUUGAUAAAUUACAAACUUCAACAGAAAAUUUUAUCGGACUUGUUGCGUCAGGUAUUAAGUGGUGAUCCUAAUGAGUAUAAGAACGAUUUUAAUCCUAUACUACUACACCCAUUGGUGAAUCAGUUGAUAGAUCUUUUAGAAGGAUUGGUAGGAAACAACAAAUCAAAGGUAAUGAAAUACAACAAUGAAGAAGAGAAAUUGACAAUUGAGGACCAACUAUUUAAAAUACGACAAGAACCAAGCUUAUUAGCCAAGUUUCAAGAAGUUAUAAGGUUUUUUGGGGUUUUAGCAAAUGAAUUGAAUUCAAAUUUCGGCAAUUUGAAGAAACUAUUAUUCAUUCAAUCUGAAAAGAUCGGAUACCUACAAUAUCUUAUGACGAAUCAUAUUAAAGAAUCCGGCCAUAUUAUUCAAGCGAUUGGAAGCCAGCGACAAAUCUCCAAAGAUAUCAAAUCGGAGGCAGCAGCCACGGAAAAUGAUUAUCUUAUCAAAAUAUCAAAUUUGAAUUCUCAGACAAAUUAUCUCAAUGAUACCAUUUUGAAAAAGGAUCAAGAAUUGCAAAGUUUGAGGGACGAAGUUGGGUCAUUAAGGAAAUUAACGAAAGUUAGGGAUGAAUUGAAUGACAGAAAAUUCAAAGAAUUAGAAGAUAAGUACCAAGAGGAAUUAGAUGAAAAGGAUCAAAUCAUUGAAGAAUUACGAGCUCAAUUGGCGGGGGCAAGAAAUGUCACCACCACAUCCGCGAUAAGUAGUUCCAAUUCAUUAGCUAGCGAGGCUCUAAAGAUUCGUCAACUUAAUCGAAAUCUUGAGGAGCUUUCAAAUAAAAAUUUCCAGAAUAUAAUAGGUGAAGAUGCAAAACAGAUAAAUAUUUAUUCAAACUUUACGGAGGAAAACCUUAUUGAGAACAAUUUGGUGGAAACUAUCGGCAUCCUUAACAGUAAAUUGAUUGAGAAAAACGCCAUGUUAGAAAAAAUCAAUGCAACAAUCCAACAAAUUAAUAAGGAUCAUAACGAAUUGCUAAACGACCGCUUAUCACUAAAGAAAAAGCUCAUGAGUCAACAAAGUCAUAUGAAUGCCCUCUCCGAAAGAUUUGAGACCUUGGAAGGCGAUAUUCAGAAUUGCAUUUUCAAUUUCCAUUCUUUAUUAUCGUUGAAUAUUGAUACUUACAGAUUCUUCUCAGAUGCCCUUUUUAAUACCAUCGACAGAGAAUCUAUUGAACAAGUGAGGACCAAGAUUCAGAAACUAGACAAGCUCAAUGGUAAGAAUUUGAACUUCGAAAAGAUUUUAUACUACGCCCAAGCAGUUCAUCGAUAUUUUGAGACAGCAGUAGAAUCUGUUGUUUCAGAUCAUAGAAAUUAUAUUGCUGAUGCAGAAGAAAAACAAAGAAAGGACACUGGCCAAAUCAAGGAGUUACAAGUAGGGAAUGAUAAAUUGAAAAGAAUGUUGAUAAUGAUGAAAGCCGAAUCGGGGCAAACAAAUGAGUUAUAUGAGAAGAUGGAACACUUGAUGAUUGAAAAUGACGAACUAAGACAGCUUACUAAAUCCCAGCAGCGAGCAAUGAUGUCGACAGCUGAUGGGCCCGCUGAUGGAAUGCAUGGGUCCAGUGGGAAUCUAAAUGAAGUUGAUAUGAAAGUGGAAGAAUUACAGAAAAGGUUCAAGGCGGAAAGGGAAAGGAGAGUAUUAGAACACAGGUCAGCGCAGUUGAGCAUCCAAGAAUUGAUGGACGAAAACAAAGAAUUAAAGAAUUCAUUAUCAGAAUCAAGAUUAAUGCUUAUGGAGUGA